AUGGAAGCUGGAAAGAGUCGUGGUGUGAUUGAAGCUGGUAGAUAUGCCGUGGUCAAAUUACCGUCUGAAGGGUUGAAAAUUGUGGAAUUACGCAGUCAUUCUACCGUUAACCUCGGGAAGUUUGGAUCAUUCAAAGUAGAUGGGGUAUUGGGGUAUUCAUAUGGACAAGCAUUUGAAAUCAUUGAUGAUAGAAAUGUAAGGCCUAUCAAGAGUCUUAUGGAAUCAGAGCCAACUGAAAUAGAUACGGAAGAAGAGGAAAUUACUAAGGAUAAAUUGACUGAGUUAUUCACUGCCAGUUCUGAAAGUAAUCAAAAUAUCAUUGAUAUAGGAUCCAAGAUUCAAAAGCUUUCCAAUGAAGAAAUAGAUAAUCUCAAAAAAUCUGGAGCUUCAAGUGAAAUUGGUCAAAAGAUUAUAGAGCAAAUGAUUGCUGGACAUGAAGGGUUUGAUAAGAAGACAGUUUUCUCUCAACAAAAGUAUCUUAGAAGGAAACAACAAAAGUUUUUAAGAAGAUUCUCGGUGGAAUACUUGAGCUCUACUUUGAUGUUACAAUACUACAUAGAAAAGGAUCUUCCUAGAGUUCUUGAUAUCUCACCUGAAACAUUAGGGUUAUUGAUGACUUAUGGGAAUGUUCGUCCUGGAGGAAAUUAUCUUCUUCUGGAUGAAACUGGUGGUGUUAUAUUGUAUGCCAUGCUUGAACGAAUGAUAGGUCAAGGAACAGUGCUUGUUCUUCAUGAGAAUGAACAUGCCAAUUUGAAUGUCAUGAAAUAUUCAAAUUUAUCGGAAGAAGAAACAAAACUAACUGUAAAGACCGCCAGUUGGCUUCUGUUCAUAGAACCAGAUACUCAACGUAUCGAAUGGCAACCUUUCACUCAAGAAGAAAUCGACCAAUUACCCCCAGCUAAAAAAACAAAAUAUUAUCGUCGUCAUAACCGUGCUCUUGAAAUUAACGAUACUUUGGAUUUAAUUCAAAACGGUAACUUUGAUGGUUUCAUAUCUGUGAGUACAUUGAGCAUGCCCUCAGUUCUUCCAUAUGUUUUAGAUCGUGUUGGAGGAUCUAGAGCUGUGGCUAUCUACAACCAAUUCAAAGAAAAUUUAUUAGAAACUCAGCAUUUCCUCCAGGUCGACAAAAGAAUUUUGGCUCCAUCAAUUAUAGAAUCGCGCGUUCGUCCUUAUCAAACUAUUCCAGGUAGAAUGCAUCCAGUAAUGACUAUGAGAGGUUAUGGUGGUUACGUGUUGUGGGGAACUCGUGUAUUUCCUGCUGAAAACAUUCAAGCCAUUGGACGUGGUAUGUCCAACAAGAAGAAGAAUAUGGAUCGUGUAUCAUCAUGA